AUGCAAGCUAUACUGGAACGCGCAGAUGCUGAUGUCGUUCGAUAUGGCGGUAUCUCUGUCCUUCCACCUGCCAUAUUUUUUUCACUAUUGAAUUGUCAUGUCAAGCUACAACAAACUGAUUCGGCUGAAUUAAUCUGGGAGUACAUGCUGAGUCAGGGUAUUGGUAUCAGUAUCGCUUCAGUCAAUCUCAUGCUUCAGUGCUAUGCUUCGUUGGGCAGGGUUGACAUGGUUCAAGCCUUGAUGAAAAAAUGUGCUGAAGAAGGUAUUGCAAAACUCGAUAUACAGUCGUUUGUUACUCUCAUUGAUGCCUACUCGAAAUCUGGACAGACAGUAUCUAGCUUGGAAGUGUUGGAUCGUGCACUUCAAUCAGACAUUCCUUUGAACAUCCGUAUUUUCAAUCACAUUAUUUCUGGACUGGCCAAAAAUGGAAAGUUUGCAGAGAUGAUAAAAGUGCUCGUGUUUAUGCAAGAAAAAGAAUUCUUACCAAAUACAGCUACAUUUAACAUUAUUAUCGACCUAUUUGCAAAACAAGGCGAUCAUGAAAACGCUUUUGCAAUGUUGGAUGAAAUGAUCAAGCGAGGUGUGCAGCCAAACGUGGUGUCUUAUAAUACGGUUCUUGGUGCAUAUGGUCGUGCAGGCAUGCUAUCCCAAGCCCAAGAUAUUUUUGACACUAUUGAUAAAAUGGGAAUCAGUCGAACUGUCACGACCUACAACUUGCUGAUUUCUGCAUAUGGAUUUCAAGGGCACAUGCAAACUGUGCUAAAUCUGUUUGAACAGAUUCAGGAUACUAACUUAUCGCCUGAUCGCAAUACAUUUGCUGUAAUGAUUUCGCUGCACGGCAUGCAUGACUGUUACGAC